GUUCAUCAUUAUCGCCCCCGUCCUCUUUGCCGCCUCGAUCUAUAUGGUCCUCGGUCGAAUCAUCACCAGCAUACACGCCGAGAAAUAUUCGAUGAUCAGACCCCUUAAAUUGACGAAGACAUUCGUGCUCGGUGAUGUCUUUUCGUUCCUCAUUCAGGGAGGUGCAUCGGGCAUGAUGGUGAUUCAGAAACCCGGCCUCGCAACUUGGGGUGAGAGGAUCGUCAUCAUCGGCCUUGUUAUCCAGAUCGUCAUGUUCGGCCUGUUUUGUGCCAUCGCUGUCAUCUUCCAUCGCAGAAUGAGGCAAGCACCUACUCCCGAUUCUCUGGACGGUCUUAUCCCAUGGGAAGAGAGCCUGUACAUGCUGUAUGCUGUCAGUCUCCUCAUUAUGGUUCGAUCAAUCUUCAGAGUUGUCGAGUUCGCUCAGGGGUAUAUGGGCUACUCUCUCUCUCACGAAUGGACACUUUACGUCUUCGACUCUCUUCUUAUGUAUCUAGUCACGGUUCUUUUUGCUUGGAGGUUUCCGGACCGCUUGAGGCCUAAGGAAGACCUGGCUUUGUGAGUCAAUGUGCACCGGCCUCAUCUCCGCUUUUCGGUGCUCUAGGGGUGGAUUACGCUUGUAAAUCGAGGCAGGAUAUAAGAGUUUCAUUUUUUGGACAGGUCUUUGAGAGAAUUCCGCAGUUAAAGAUACGUGUAAUCAUCCAGUCUCCAG